GUUUUCACCGUCGUCCCUUAAAAUCGCUGGCAAUCUGCUUUGAGAAACGAUAUUGGCACCUAGAGACCUGCCACUGCUGCACCUGGAGGCGGGGAAGCUGUCUAGGACUUGGCAGAUGCUCUGUCCAGCAUGCUUGGUGACGAGUUGCCAGAGGUCAAACAGGAGGUCGCGUCUGUACAUUCAGACGACGCCGAGCGGGACGAAACUCCGGCCGACUCAUCGCCCCAAUCAGAGGCUCCAGACGAUGACCAGAUGGACGUUGAAGACGACGCGGGAGUUGGCGAUAUAAAGGUUGAGCCGGAGAGUGAGCUGGAAGAUGAAUCAGGGGAUGAUUCAGGGGAAGAUCCGGAGUAUGAGCCGGAGGAAGAGGAGGAGUCCGGGCGGCGUGUCACUGGCUCCGGAAUGCGGCUCCGGAGACAGGCACGACGUCCGGGCACUCAGUACUCGGAUUUCUGUUACGACUCGUCGGCCGUAGCUCCGCCGUCCCCCGUGCAGCAGCGGCGGCGGCCCGACCGACCCCCGGGCUCCAGACGCCCCCCGCGCCGCAGGAGUCGACCCUCCCCGGAAUCGGUCGGUUUCCGGACGAGCGAGGGUCGGCGCUCCGGCAGUCUGAUCUACAUCGGCGACGACGGCUUCAUCUACAACAAGCGGCACCUGCUCCGCGGCACGAUAUAUCUACGCUGUCGCAGGACGCUAACGUCCAAGGACAGGUGCCCUGGCAGCGGCCGCAUCUCUGGUGACCGGCUGAUUACCACCACAUCUCACAACCACCCGGCCGACCCCCGCACGGUGCAGGCGGCCGAUAUGGCUGUCAAGAUGCGGGAGCUGCUAGACCGCGAGGGACACCGUCUCACCAACCGGGAGAUAUUCGAUAAGAUCCAGGCCGAGGCGGGACCGGACGCGCCGGCCCUGCCUCUCAAUUCCACGCUUCAAAUGAUUGGACGGCAUCGCCGGCGAGUGGAGGAGCGCCAGGGAACAGCGCCGAUCGGCGAGGGCGAUCUCAUCUUAAUGGACGGCCAGCUAGCCGCGGACGCCACCGGACCGUCCUCUCCCUCAGCUGUCCCCGACACCCAACCGACGUCCCACGAGGAGACGCGAGACCCGCUGGCGGCUUCAGAAACGGGCGACGCGGCUAAAGCUGCCAAACUCAGGGCCUCUCGUCGGAAGCGGCAGAGGACUCAGCUGCUGCGGAAGCUGGCCACGGCAGGGGGACAGACGGGCACCGUGAUGGGUUUCCGGGUCACGGAGGGUCGCCGCGCCGGCAGCAGGAAAAUCGUCUCCGACGACGGCCACGUGUACAUGCCCAAGCAGCGCCUUAGUACGUUCACCUAUCUGAGGUGUGUGAAGGUGCGGUCGUGUAAUGGCUCUGCCCGGAUCUUCGGUACCGAGCUCACCACCUUACUUCCUCACAGCCACCCGCCGGAGACGGUCGACACAGAGAUACAGGCCGCCGAUAUGAUUGUCAAGAUGCGGGAGCUGGUAGACCGCGAAGGAGACCAUCUCACCAACCGGGAGAUAUUCGAGAAGGUGCAGGCCGAGGCGGGGCCGGACGCCCCGACGCUGUGUUUCGGCACCGUGCGGCAGAUGCUGGUCCGACAUCGAAAGCGGUUAGAGGAACGCCAGGGAGCGGCGCUGACCGGCGGGGAAGGCGCGGAAGGCCAGCCAGCCACGGACGGCGACGGAACGUCCAGUCCCUCCGCAGCUGGUGAAUCGAAUGCUGCGCGGGUCUCGGCCUCUCGUCGGGGCCGGAGAAGCCUGCCAGCGCGGCCGCCCGCAGAAGCUCGCCGUGUGAUGGGUUUCCGGAUCGUGGAGGGUCGUCGCGCCGGCACGCGGAAGUUCAUCGCUGACGACGGGCACGUGUAUUCGCCCAGGCAGCGGACCGGAGCCGUCACCUUCCUCAGGUGUGUUCAGGCUACGAAGUCGGCCCAGUGCAGUGGCUCUGCCCGGACCAGCGGUACAGAGCUCACUACCUGUCGGCCACAUAACCAUCCCCCGGAAACGGUCGGCAAGGAACUGGAGGCGAUGGCCGCGGCGAACCGACUGCGCCAGAUGGCCAAUACGGACGGCGGGCAGCGCUCCAACCUGGACAUCUACCGUGCGGCCGUGGCGGACGCGGGGGGCCCCUCGCUCUCCUACUCCUCCGUACAACAGAUGUUGCGCCGGCACCGGCGGCGGGCCAAGGCGCCGGCGCUGCCGCUGACCCCAGCCGACGCCGUGGAGGCCCUGUCGGCCGCAGGGGAGAUGCAGAGGCGACACCACGCCUUCAGUCUGUGUGUCGGAGAGGAGACUGCUAUCGCGUUCCACAUGCCUUCUGUGCUGGACUCUGCGGCCGACAGCUCCGAGCCGCUGGAGCUCCAGGCUGAGGUACUCCGCCGGUUCGUACCGCGUCUCUUCACCCAGCUUCUAGUGGUACUGGUCAGCUGUGGACCCGGGCCCCGGCAGCCCGGCUGGUACGUCCUGAUGACGAGCUCAGCUUGGUCUCUGUACGAGCAGCUACUGAGGAGGAUGGCGGAGCGGCUGGGCCGGCCGGCCGUACGGCUGGUGGUGCCGGACAGUGAGACGGAGCUCCGGGAGGCGGCGGCCGCUGUCUGGCCGGCCGUGCCCCGCGAGAGCUGCUGGCUGCACUACGCGCGAGCCGUCCUGGAGAAGCUCCGCGCCUGUGACCUCCAGGCCGCGUACACCCGGUCCCAGGGAGACACGGAGCUCGGCCGGUGGGCCCGCAGCCUGCUCAUUAUGCCCAUGGUGGCAGAGAGACACCUGGAAGUGGCCUGGGGCCACCUGCUGUACAACGCGCCCGCUGAGCCGCUGGAGUCCCAGCCCGGCACCGUCCGCCUGACGCAGUACCUACAGCAGCGCUGGCGUUCAGUUCCGGCCGACCGGCUCUCGGAGCUCGACUCGCCCUCUCUGAGCUCUACCACGGACGUCCAGGGGCUCUACACGGAGCUGCAGGGCCAGAUCCUCAUCGAACACCCGCUCUUCUGGAUGUUCGUCCGGCAUAUUAACGCGGUAAUAGACCGCGCCGGCCGGUCGGGCUCUCCGCACGCCGCCGCCGACCCGGACCCUGCCCGCGAGGGACUCCGGCAGCUCUCGUUCGCUGUGGACCAGGGACUCUGCACGCUGGACGCCUAUCUGGACGCAGCUGCCGUGCUGUUCGCGGCGCGGAUAGAGGCUCUGGAGAGGAUGGUCUUUGGACAAGUGGGUCCGGUGUGGAGAGGAGUGGGUGCGGUGAGGAGCUGGACUCUGGUGACGACCCAGCUCCGCAGCUCGGUGUGGCGGCAGCGGCGGCGGCCGCCGCGGCCGCAGUCUGCCGGGCCAGGGGCGAGGAGCACGCCCGACCCGUGGAGCUGACACCGGCGCCGACAUCGGAGUGUCGUAUGUGCCUGCGGCCGUGGCGUGCCGUCCGCCGGGCCGCUGCUCGGCCCUGUGGCCACACCGGCGCCUGUGCCGCAUGUCUGAGACAAAUCCACGAGGAGGGAGACGGACUGUGUCCCUUCUGCAAGAUGCCGUUCACGGGGCCGCCCAUAGAGGUGGACGCCUGAGGUGGACGCGUGUGGAGGUGGGUGGACGCGGGAGGUGGACACAGGUGGACACGUAUAGAGGACGUGGGUGGACACAGGAGGUGGACGCAUGUGGACACGUGUGGAGGACGUGGGUGGACACGGGAGGUGGACGCAUGUGGACACGUGUGGAGGACGUGGGUGGACACGGGUGGACACAUCAUGUGGACACGUGUGGAGGACGUGGGUGGACACGUCAUGUGGAUAUAAGUGAUACUAGUAUGUAGAAGUGGACGUGUGAUGAUUUGUGGGUUUUGUAGUUUCUGAUAUGAGUGCUCAGUGCUGUCUUCUUGAGAAAAGCCUCUGCCAAGAGUACCGUCUCGUCAGCCUGUCGAGUACUGUCGAGUUCACACGGUAUACCCCGUGUGCAUUUAGUUACGAACAGCUUUGUAGCCUCUGCCGAGGGCGCAGUCUCAUCAGCCGUGUAGCCUCUACUGAGUGGCCUAUUUAAUUGACGACAGUAGGAUAUGAUUAUUUCGAAACUGCUCUGUAUACCCUCUGCCUGGGUGCGCUAUAUAUUUCGUUUGUAAACGAAUGGGCCUAGUCUUGCGGACCUAUCGACGAUUUAGUCUUAUGGCACGAGCUUAUGACGCACUUUGACUGUUCCGCUAGCAUUUCUGAAAAGUGCGUCCGUUUCUACGGAACUGUAGUUUUUUUUUUCUCUUUUUUUUUUCGCGUCACAAUCAGUGUUUGCACCGUUUGGCUGUAGGCUCCUGAAGUGUGAGGCUGCUAGUGUUAGUGUAUCUCAGGAUAAUGCUGUCGCGGCGUGCAUGUGAUCUCGGUUUGAUACUUCAUGCAUUUGUCUGCCUUUGAUAUAUAUUGCUACAUUGACUGUGUUUUGGACUUACUUAGACCUGCUCAUGUAUUUGUCGACAAUACAUAGGACGUUUCAUUA